GACGUGGCCUGGGAGUUCGUGUACGCGCCCUUUAUUUCGGCGGCGUCGCUCGUGCUGCUGUGGCCCGUGCUAGGCCUGGUGCUGAGCGCCGUCGAGUCGGGCUGCUGCGGCAGCCGGUUCGGGCGGCGCUGCCUGCUCUUCCGGCAAGCGCACCUCGGAAGGCACACGCGACUGCCGAAGCAGCCGGCGGCACAGUGGUGGAUCUUGGGCACCGAGAUGGUGGCUUCGCUGCUGUCGCUCUGCGUGUUCAGCAUGAACUCCGCCUUUCAGGACGUCCAUCGGCGGCGACCGAGACAUCUUCUGGCGGUGCCCGCGAGGGAUUGCAGGAGGAGUUCCUCGUCGAGAGCCUCCUGUGUGCCCCCGUGCUGGUCGACGUCUUCACGAUCCCUGGCCUCGUGCUGCAGAGCUCGUGGCUGUCGCUCGGCUUCCUGCGCAUCCUCUCGGCGAUCGUGGCUUACGAGCGGUGGCGGAGGAUGGCGAACGUGAACCUCAGCGUGCAGACGAUCGAGAGCAAGGCGGUUGUCCACAAGCUCACGUCCAUGGUGCUACGACUGACGGGGCUUAUAUACAGUUUCGCAGGCAUCACCUUCGUGCUCGAGACGUUGGGGGAGCUGCCUUUCCAGCUUUCUGCCGAAGUCGAGACCGACAUGGGCAAGCUGACAAUGUUCAGGAUGGUGUAUUGGGUCGUGGAGACCCUGACGACUGUCGGGUACGGUGACUUCACGCCGACAACGUUGCUCAGCAGAGUAUCGACCAUGCUGUGCAUGAUAGCCGGCAUCCUCUUCUUCACGGUGCAGGUGACGCAGCUCCAGGAGGCGAAGGGGAGCCAGUAG